AUGUCUAUACCACCUACUUUGGCCUUGCCUAGUCCCACGGCGGGAAGACGUCUUACCAUGGUUGGAGAUGCAGUCAAAAUUCCAGAAGAAUCCAUUUUUGCUAUCAGAGACAUGGUUACGAACCAUUGGCGACUCGAGACAAUCUUUACAGGCAUUUCGCUAAACCUCUUUGACACGAUGCCACCACCACCUUGUACUAUGACUGCCACAGAGAUCGCCACGAAACUAGAUUUGGAUGAGUCUAGAUGCAUCAGAAUCCUGCGAGCUCUAUGCUCCGCAAACGUUUUGAUGGAGGAGCCUGGAGUAGCCUUCAAGCUCACCACUACGGGAAAUCUAUUGCGCAAAAGCCAUCCAGACUCGAUGAACCCCUAUCUCGCAUGGCAGUUAUCAACUCCAAUGCAAAACUUGUGGUCGGCGCUGCCUGAAGCGUUCAGGAAGAAAAAUGCAAACAAGACCGCCAUGGAGGUGGCUAAUAAGGUUAAAGACCUUGCUGAAUUUACAGCCAAAAAGGACAAGUCGUUUGAGCGUGUCGUGGCUGGCGGUAUUGGUGCCUUGCUGAGGUCUGACAAUAUGGCAAGCCAUCGAGUCUACAGUUUCGCCAAGUUCGGUACCGUGACAGACUUGAUGGCAUUCGAUGGACGUCUCUUGUGUGAAAUUGUCGCACGACACCCAGAUAUGAAAGGCAUUAUUCACAAACAAUGGCCCUCUCCAUGGGCCAAAAACUAUAGACCUUCCAUCUGGCCAACGAAACUGAACUUGGAGUCGAGGGUUACUGAAGUCGCUGCUGAUCGAUUCACGGGUGCCGGUCUCCAACCGUCCGACUGUUAUAUUGUUCGACGAGUGAAAAUAUACGAUGACCAACAGAUAAUGGAUUGCUUCAAGGCAGUCCACAAAAUUGGCCCUGCACAUGCUAAACUGGUCUUUAUUUCAAGGCUAAUGCCUCUAUCUUCUGAACCGGAUCCGCAUGGAUUGGCAUUGCAUGAUGUGCAUUUGAUGCUCAGCUCAAAUUCAAGAGACAGAAAUUAUAACGAGACUAAAGAUAUGUUCUCUUCAUGUGGUUGGAAAUUGACCUUUGCUGACGAAGUACGGGGCGUCACGACAAUGGAGUUUGCCAAAGCAUAG